AUGGCAGUGAAUGUAUACUCAAUAUCAGUGACCAGUGAUAACUUAAGUCAACAUGACAUGCUGGCUUGGAUCAACAAGUCUCUGCAGUUGAAUUUGACAAAAAUUGAACAGUUGUGCUCAGGAGCUGCCUAUUGUCAGUUUAUGGACAUGCUGUUCCCUGGCUCCAUUGCUUUGAAGAAAGUGAAAUUCCAAGCUAAGUUAGAAAAUGAAUACAACCAGUACUUCAAAAUACUGCAAGCAGGUUUUAAGAGAAUGGGUAUUGACAAAAUAUUUCCUGUGGACAAAUUAGUGAAAGGAAAGUGUCAGGACAAUUUUGAAUUUUUUCAGUGGUUCAAGAAUUUUUUUGAUGCAAAGUAUGAUGGAAAAGACUGUGAUCCUGUAGCUGCUAGACAAGGUCAAGAAAUGGCAGUGCCUCCAUCCCUUGUUGCUCCAGCUCUCAAUAAACCAAAGAAACCUUUCAGCUCUUGCAGUGCAGCUCCACAGAGGCCCAUUUCAACACAGAGAACUACUGCAAUGCCUAAGGCUGGCCCAGUUGUGGUGAGAAAGAAUCCUGCUGUGGGCAAUGGGAAUGAUGAAGCAGCUGAAUUGAUGCAGCUGGUCAAUGUAUUGAAACUUACUUUUGAAGACUUGGAGAAGGAGAGAGAUUUCUACUUUGGAAAACUAAGGAACAUUGAAUUGAUUUUUCAGGAGAACAAGGGGGAAAACAAUCCUGUAUAG